UCGAAGAUUGGGGAAAAUGUAAAACUGGGCUCUAUGUAAAAUUCUACAUGAAAAAAUCCAAAGUAUAAUGUUGACUAAUAACAAUUUCAAUAGAAUAGUUCUGGCGAAUUCAUUACAAAACCGUCUAUAAAAAUUCAUUCGUCAUUAUUAUUACUUAUACAGAGCGUUUCAUUUAUCUUAAACUACUUAAUUAAUCAAAAAUAAGAUUAAGAAUUUUUUUAAGUUUCUUUUAGGUACAUAUUAUUUUUAAUUUAUCAAACAUGAAGUUUUUAUUUUAUGUUCAUCCAUUAUGUCUUCUAAGGGUUUCAACUUUACUUUUUCAAAUAACAACAUAUAUAACCAACUAGUUUCUUUAAUACAUAAUGAUUUAAUCAAGCGUCUGUUUUAUGACAAAUUUUGGACCGGUAGGAGGAAGAGAUGUUUGAUUACAUCGAUAUUUUCAGUUUGAUAUCAUCGACAUUAAUAUUACACAUUUUGUGAUAUUAAUAUUUUUUUGAUAGAAUCAAUAUAUAUAUAACUAAAAAUUCUAAAUAUCUACUCUAUUACUUUAUUUAUUUACUUUAUUAUUACUUUUUACCGAGUAAAAAAUUACCGAAAUCCUUUACCAAGAUUGUACUAUUUGAUAGUACAGAAUUUACUAAUGAAAAAUAAUAACAUUUAUUAUCAUUAAUAGUCUAUGACAACAAAUGAUAACUCCUUUACAUUACAUUUAAUUUGUAAAAAUAGGAUUACGUGUUGAUUUUGAAAAAAUAUUGUUUAGAUUAAAAAAUAUUCCAUAAUUAUAGUUGGUUAAGAGAUAAAAUUUUAUGCUUAAUAGCAUAUUUUUUUACUAUAGUUUUUAACUUGUAAACAUACUUAUUAGAUACAUUUCUUCAUUUAUAACAUCAUUAAUAAAAAUAAUAUCAAUUCAUUUUCAGAAUGAAACGAAAUAAGAAAAAAAUAUUGAAAAAAAAAUUACGAUUAGAACCGUAUGUAUUAUUAGAAAGAAUUGACACAUCAAAUAUAAAAAUAGGUCAAAUUUGGAAUAAUCAAAAAAAGCCAAAACUUUUUCAUGAGCCAGUAGUGUUAUUAGAUCACAUCGAUUUGGACAAUUUAAAAAUAAAAAAAAAUUUUGGGAACUCUAAUGAACUACUACUAGAUAAUCGACUGAAUUUAUAUUUAUCAAAAAAAAACAUCAAUUGUUUCAGACCUUUUGUCCUACUUGAACGAUUAUCGCCAAAAGUCUUAAACAAAUAUUUGAACCCAUCUCUAGGUUUAAAUAAGGAGAAAAUUUAUGUCAAUAAUGUUGAAUUUGUAACUAAUAUAAAAUCAGAAGAUAAAGUUAUUAAUAUAUUGAAAAGUAAUAAUGAUAAGAUAAAAUCAAAUAAGCUUAAUAAAAUAAGUAUAAAAUUAAAAUGUAAUGAAUGUUACACUGUAAGUAAAAACAAUGAAGAAACCAAUCAGUUAAAAAUAUCAGACUAUGAAUAUGAAGGAGUUUUAGAUUCAUCAAACCAACAUUUUAUAUCAAAAUAUGUUAAAAACAAUUAUAAUUUAAUUAAAAAUACAGCGUUGAACCAAAACACAUUAACUGAAUUUCAAGAAAAUGAAUAUUUGUCUAAUAUGAAAGAAUAUUCAGUUCAAAAUAAGAAUAGUGAAGAAUUAAGUUUUGUAUCAAAUAUAUUUUAUAAGACAAACUUUGCUGUAGAAACUCAACUAAGAGAAGAUUACUUAAAUUCUAAUAAUAAAAUAACUCUUGAUUUGUAUAUUGAUCAAGGAACUAAUGUUAAUAAACAAAAGAUCUUUGAUAGUAAAAAUGGUUUUAUAAACAAAGCUAAAUAUAAUAAAGGAAAAGGAGUUAAACUUAAUUUACCAACUAUUAAGUCUCAUAGAAUUUUUAAUAUUAAUUCUCUAUUAUUAAAUAAUAAUUUUCAAAUAGAAAAUGGUAAAAAUAUUAGAAUUUUUAGCAUGUAUUUAAAAUCUCCGUUAUGUAAAAAAAAUGUUGUAAAAUAUUAUAAAAAAUUAGCUCAUGCUAGUAAAAACAGCAAUAAAAUUGUAUCAUGGUAUAAAGUAUGCAAAACCCUUUUAAAGAAUAAUAAAGAUUCAGAAUCUAAAAUCAUUAAUAAAACCAUAUCAUUACAUUUAAUGGACAUCAAUAUGUUGGAAAACUUAUUGAAUUUUACAUUAUUUAAACCACAAAAUUACAAUAAAAAUUGGACUCAAAUUUUAUCUUUCUUAAGAAUUAGUAGAUCAAUUUUAUAUGAUUUGUUAAUUCAUAGUGAUAAAUUAUCAAAAAUAUAUAUUUCAUCAUUAUUGUUAAAAAAAAAAUUCAUAAAUGAAAACCAAAUUUCAAAAGUUAAAUUCAAUUUUGAACUGAAUAAAUAUCAUGAGUAUAAUGAUAAUUUAACAUAUUUAUACAGAGAAGAAUUCAUUACUGACAACAUAAAAUAUUGUUUAUGCAAUAAACUAUUUAUUAAUAAAGAAUAUUUAAGCAUCACAAAUGAAAGAAAACUAAGUGAAUCAAUACAGAUUUUUUAUAGUUACUGUUCAAAGAUUAUACAAAUCAAAAAUACCCUUAAAAAAAAAUUGAAUAUACAUACUUUAACACAAAAAAUUAUUUAUGAAAGAUGCAUUAAAAACUCAUUAAAUAAAAAGUUUUUAUACUUACAAAAAUCAUUAAGUCAGAUGUCAAUAUGUUUAAAGUUUGAAAAUAAUUCAAAAUAUUAUUUUAUAAAAAAUAAUUGUCUGAAAACUGAUUUUAAUUUUCAAAAUGUAAAGUUCUCUACCUCGUUUAAAGUUCAAACUCCAAAGUUGUUAAGUUUGCAAAAAUUAAAUGGUGUUAUAAAUCUAGAGUACAUUUUUUUAUAUAUCAAAAGAAAAAAAAAUUUGAAUAUAAUUAUAAGUUCUUCAUAUAAAGACAAAGAACAUAAUGUCUAUAAUUUUAAAUGUCAUUACUGCAAUAAAAAUUUUAGAAAAAGAACUUACAUUAUAAAUCAUUUACAAGUAUGCCACUAUUUUGAAUGUAAUGGCUGUCGAAGGGUAUUUCAAAAUAAAUCUUAUCUAGUAAAACAUAUUAAGUGCUGUAUCAAAAGGUUGAUGCAUAGAUCAAAUAGUUAUAGUAGUUAUGUGAAUAAUCAAUUAGAAAAGGUCGAACCUAAUCAUUUUAAAACAUUUGAUUUAUGUCGACAAAAUUCAAAAAGUAAAAAAUCUUUGAUCAAGCCUGUUAAAAUAUCUCAUGAUCAAAAAUAUAGAUACAUCUGUUAUAUUUGUAAUGAAAAAUUUAGCCAAAAAUCAUUAUUAAAAAAGCAUAUGAAAUUACACUUUAAAAGUAAAAUAAAGUCAAGUAAUGAUAAUGAUAUGGAUAGUUUAGACUUAAGAUUUGUUAAUAAUAAAAUAAAUGUUACUCAUACUAGUCAAUGUGAUUUCCUUACCCUAAAUCAUAAAAAUAUUAAUUUUAAUUGUGAUUUAUGUUUCAAAAUGUACCCAAAUAAAGGUAGUCUUCAAAAAUAUAUUACAAAUGCAGAUAAUUUCAAUUUUUUUAAGUGUAAUUAUUUCCAAAAUAAUAUCAAAUUGAAAAGUAAUUUAAAAAGACACAUUGAAGGUCAUUUUAAAAACACAUUUGUAGAUUCAGAUGUAUCAUCAAGAAUACUAAAUGUAUCAUUUAACACACUCUGUUACCUUUGUGGUGAAUUGUUUCCAUCACAUUCUCUCAAAAGUAUUCAUAUUACUAAUAUACAGUAUAAAAGUUAUGAAGAAGUACAAAAUUCGAUGUUAAAUGGAAAAAAUUACUACAACCUAGAAUCUCAUCAAUGUAAUUUUAAUAAUUCAAAAGAAAAUGAAAAAUAUACUGAUAUUUCAAAUAAAAAUGUUAAUUUCAAUGCUGAUUUUUUAGAUUUUAUCCAUGUAAUAUCUCAAAAUAAUAAUAAUGAAAUUGUUAAAAAAAAAAAUGUGCAUGCUAUUGAUAUAACUACGGAUCUCAAAAAAAGUGUAAACGAACAAAUUAUUGAUAAUGAAAUAAUUAAAAAAAAUAUAUUAGCUAUUACUUCAAUUUCUAAUUGUAAUAGUAGUUUUUAUGAAGGAAUUGACAAAUCUAACAUUCUGAAUUGUUAUAAAUGUGAAAAAUCAUCAUUCCAAAACAACAAAGUUUAUGUAAACCAUUUAUCUAAUACUCAUAUCAAUAUAGGAAAGCUUUUAAAUUGUAGUAUAUGUAAAAAAAAUGUUAAAGCAAAAUCGAAAUAUAAGAAUAAUGUUGAUUAUAAUUGUGAUAUUUGUGGAUUAAAAUUAACUCAAAAAAGAUUAUUAAAACUUCAUAAAAUGAAUCAUAAAAAUGAAAAUAAUUUAGUUGAGUGCAAAUAUUGUUUUAAAAAAAUGCCUGCUUUCAAAAUAAAUAAACAUGAAAUUGUACAUAAAAAUUCUACCAAAAAACUAUGUACCAUAUGUGGAAAAUUUUAUUCGAGAAUUUACUUCAAAAAGCAUUUAUUGACUCAUGAUGAUUCUUAUCGAUUAAUUUGUCCUCAUUGUGGUAAGAAAUUUGUGUACCAUAAAUCUUUACAAAGGCACUUAUUAUUAUUUACUUUAAAUAAAAAAUGUAACUUAAAAAUUGCUAAAUUAAAUAAUAAAUCAUACCCAAAAAAAGUUAAGAAUAAUUUAAAUUGUCAAGAAAAGAAAUAUCAGUGUAAACUUUGUAAUACAAUAUUUUGUGAAAAAAAAAAAUUUCAAGAACAUAAACUCUUACAUCCUAAUCAUAAAAUGUUUGAUUGCAAUGUCUGUAGUAAAACAUUUAGCAAAAUAUUUGAAUUAAAAAUGCAUAAAUUAGAACAUGAUGGGGAACAUUUGUAUAAUUGUGUUGAAUGUAACAAAUCAUUUUCAAGAUCAUCUAAAUUUAAGAUUCAUAUGAAAAUUGAACAUGGUGGACGUAUAUGUGAAAUUUGUAAUAUUGAAUUUAAUUACAUGGCAGAUUUUAUGAUGCAUCAACGUGUCCAUAAACUAGGAAACAAGUUUGUCUGUGAAUUAUGUGAUUCUGGAACAUUUAAUUUUAAAAUGGAGUUAAAGUAUCAUAUUAAAAUUUGUCAUGGUGAAAGUUUAAAUUGGUUUGAUGUGUAACUAUACUUGUUUUUAUUUUCAUUGUAUGAAAUAAUUUCUUAUCUGUGAAUUGAGUAUUAACAUUUUUCAUUUGUUUAAUUUUUAUACAGUUCUGUAAAUAUUUGUGUUCUAUACAUACUCAUAUUUUGAAAAUAUUUAAUUUAUUUUUUAUAAUUUUUUCUUGAUAUUGUUCCAGUUUAUAUUUAAUAAUUAUUGUUGUGUUUCGUUGUUAAUCUAAGCAUUGUUACAACAACUAUAGGUGCAGCUUGUGUAAUGUGUCUGCUGAAUUGCCUCUUCAAAUUAUUUAAAAUAAAUAAAAUAUGAAUUGUUAAAAUAAUUGUACGAUGGUAUUUUUGUUGAUAGUAUUUAAGAAUUCCAUAUUAUAAGAUAAUAAUACAAGGUAUUAAGUAAUUAUUAUGUAUGAAUUUAAUAAUAUUUUAUUAUUUAAAAUGUAUAGAAAUUGUAGUUAUGUACUCAAUUUUGUUAGUGUAAUAUAUUUUUUUAUUUAAAAAGUAAA